AUGUUACGGCGCCAAAGAUCUCUCAAGCCGCCGCUCUUCGCCAUAGAGGAUUCAUCAGAUAAUGAAGGCUGUAGCCGAAGCCGGCCUUGUGCCAGACCUCGACAUGUUCGUGGCGGCAGCGGAGGCGCGCUCGAGCGCCGGAGACGACGCGGGAGCGUUGCAUUAUCUACGACCAGGCGGACAAGCUCGUAUCGCUACGAGGAAACAACUCGCGUGGGCUGGGUCCCCCGCAGUCGCAAGGAGAGGUGGGGGACGAAAACGAUCAACAGCCGGACGAUGAUGGUGAUGAUGAUGGAGGUGGCGCAGGUAGAGCGGCGAAACGUCGCUUUUUUCAACAGCAGCGGUAGAGCGUCGUCAGCCGCGAGCGAGCGCGCUUCGCGCCAAGAAUGUCGAGGUGGAAACGCGAAGACCGGUCACGGGCCUCCUCCCGCUCCCGGGUGUGCCAUGGGGAGGCACGCAGCAACCGCGCGCCCCGGAGGGAAGGAGGUAGAUGCCAAUGCCAAGGGCGCCGAGCUAGAGCAAGAAACGCUCUCGAUUCUGGACCCAAGCAGCGGCAAGCGGCCUCACGACGUGGUAGAUGCGAUGGGCGACGAGCUAAUCGAGCAAGAAGAGCUCUCAGUGCUUGAUGCGGGCAGCGGCCACAUCAUGCGUGGUAGCAAUGAGCAGCACGCGCCUAGCCAGGACAAGAAUAGCGGCGUUCUCGAGCCAAGCCUGGGACCCCCGGCAGGAGGCGUCGCCACGCGGAGCGAUCGACACACGGAGGCUGGUGGUGGGAUAGGCAAUGUGGCCGAGCACAAGCAAGGCCUGGGACGACUGUGCGGGGCGGUGUGGCGCUCGCUGGGGCAGCAUCAGACGGAGAGAGCCUACCAGCUGGCCCUCUGCAUGGAGCUCGUGAGACGGGGGGUCACCGUGCACAACGAGGCGGAGAUUCCGAGCGCGCAGUACAGGGGGGAGUACGUCGGCUGGAGGAGGCUGGACCUUCUGCUGCGCGUGGCGGACGGGUCGAUGGCGGUCAUAGAAGUCAAGACGUGA